GAGGGGCGUGGAAUGCCUGCGAGGCUGGGACGGAGGGACGCAGGGGGGGAGGAGGCGGGCGCAGCAGCGCCUCCCCCUCCCCGGCCUCCGGGCGCAGAGCCAAGGCCUAGGCUUUGCAGGCCCCGGGGAGCGCGCAGAGCGCGAGAGGGAAGCCGGGGCGCGCUAGGGGCCCGGAGCCGGCCAUGGACGUGUGCCUCACCCCCGCCGCCGGCCUCGACAGCCUGGUGGCCCGCAGCCUGCAGCCGUCCCCCGAGUUCCUGGCGGCUGCGCGGCGCGCCCUGGGCGCCCUGGCAGCCUCCCUGCGUGAGGCCGGGGGCCGCGCGGCUGCGCAGCCUUGGAGGGUGCUGAAAAUCGCCAAGGGAGGCUCCGCCGGCCGGGGCACAGUGCUGAGGGGUGGCUGUGAUUCUGAACUUGUCAUCUUCUUUGACUGCUUCAGGUCCUGCUACGAGGACGAGGGUGUUCACCGGGCAGAGAUCCUCAACGAGCUGCGGACCCUGCUGAUACAAUCCUGGUGUCAGAAACCCAUCCGCCGUCUGAGCUUUGAGUUUCCUCGGCAGGACAGGCCCAGGGUCCUACAGUUCCGCCUGGUGUCCAUGGACCUUGAAAACUGGAUGGAUGUUAGCUUGGUGCCAGCCUUUGAUGCUCUGGGGCAGCUCAGUUCCAACGUCAAACCUGUGCCCCAGGUCUACUCGACGCUUCUCAAAAGUGGCUGCCAGGGCGGCGAGCACUCCGCCUGCUUCUCAGAACUGCGGAGGAACUUUGUGAAUGUUCGCUCGGCAAAGGUGAAGAACCUGAUCCUGCUGGUGAAGCAUUGGUACAGUCAGGUGUGCCAGGAGGAGGAGAGGAGGGAGAUGCUGCCUCCGGCCUAUGCCCUGGAGCUGCUGACGAUAUUCACCUGGGAGCAGGGCUGUGGGAAGGAUGCCUUCAGCCUGGCCCAAGGCCUCCGGACCGUCCUGGGCCUGAUCCAGCAGCAUCAGCACCUGUGUGUUUUCUGGACCCUCAACUAUGGCUUCGAGGAGGCUACGGUCAGCCAGUUCUUGAGGCAACAGCUUGAGAGACCCAGGCCUGUGAUCCUGGACCCGGCUGACCCCACGUGGGAUGUGGGGGACGGAGCAGCGUGGCGCUGGGAUCUACUGGCCCGGGAGGCAGGGUCCUGCUAUGAGCGCUCGUGCUUUCUGCAGGCGGCAGGGGGCGCUGUGCAGCCCUGGGAGGGGCCCGGCCUUCCACGUGCUGGGAGCUCAGGUUUAGGCCACCCCAUCCAGCGAGACUGUGCCCAGAGGACCCCUGAGAAGAGCAGCAGUCUCCAUGCUGUGCGCCCAGGGGCAGGGAGCAGGCAGCCGUCGGGCCCAGCUUCCGGCCCCUCGGGGGCUGCCUGCAUCACCCCUUCCACGCUGGGGACGGCCUUGGAUCUGUCUCAGAUCGCCGGCAAGGACCUGGACCGCUUCAUCCAGAACCACCUGAAACCAAACCCCCAGUUCCAGAAGCAGAUCGGCAAGGCCAUCGAUGUCAUCUUGGGUUGCCUUCGUGAGAACUGUGUCUACAAGGCCUCCAGAGUCAGCACGGGGGGCUCGUUUGGCCGGGGCACAGACCUGAGGGGUGGCUGUGAUGCCGAACUCGUCAUUUUCCUCAACUGCUUCAAUGACUAUAAGGACCAAAGGGCUCGCCGCCCAGAGAUCCUUAAUGAGAUGCGGGCACAGCUGGAAUCCCGGUGGCAGGACCCAGUCCCCGGCCUGAGCCUCAAGUUUCCUGAGCGGACCGGGCCCGGGGCUUUGCAGUUCCAGCUGGUGUCCACGGCCCUAGAAAGCUGGAUGGAUGUGACCCUCCUGCCCGUCUUUGAUGCUUUGGGGCAACUCUGCCCCGGCGCCAAACCUGCGCCCCAGGUCUACUCGACUCUCCUCAACAGCGGCUGCCAGCGGGGCGAGCACGCGGCCUGCUUCUCAGAGCUGCGGAGGAACUUCGUGAACAAUCGCCCAACCAAGCUGAAAAACCUGAUCCUGCUAGUGAAGCACUGGUAUGGUCAGGUUGCAGCUCAGAACAAAAGACAGCAACCAGCCUGUGCCUCUCUGCCCCCUGUCUAUGCCCUGGAGCUCCUGACCAUAUACGCCUGGGAGCAAGGCUGUGGGAAAGAGUCUUUCAAAAUGGCCGAAGGGCUGAAGACCGUCCUAGAGCUUGUCCAGAAGCACCAGCAGCUCUGUGUCUACUGGACGGUCAACUAUGGCUUUGAGGACCCGGAUAUCAGAAUGCACCUUCUUGGCCAACUUCAGAAAAAGAGGCCCCUGGUCCUGGAUCCUGCCGACCCCACCUGGAAUGUGGGCCAGGGCAGCUGGGAGCUGUUGGCCCAGGAAGCAGCAGUCCUGGGGAUGCAGGCCUGCUGUAAGAGUGGAGAAGGGACGUCUGUGCAGCCCUGGGAUGUGAUGCCUGCUCUCCUUUACCAAACCCCAGCUGGGGACCUUGACAAGUUCAUCAGUGAAUUUCUCCAGCCCAACCGCCAGUUCUUGGCUCAGGUGAACAAGGCCGUCGAUACCAUUUGCUCAUUCCUGAGGGAAAACUGCUUCCAGAAUUCUGCUAUCAAAGUGCUCAAGGUGGUCAAGGGCGGCUCUUUAGCCAAAGGCACAGCUCUGCAAGGCUGCUCGGAUGCGGAUCUAGUGGUGUUCCUCAGCUGCUUCAGCCAGUUCACGGAGCAAGGGAACAGGCGGGCUGAGAUCAUCUCAGAGAUCUGAGCCCAGUUGGAGGCAUGUCAGCAGGAGAUGCAGUUCGAGGUGAAGUUCGAGAUCCCCAAGUGGGAGAAUUCCCGCGUACUGAGUUUCUCCCUGACGUCCCAGAUGAUGCUGGAUCAGAGCGUGGACUUUGACAUGCUGCCAGACUUUAAUGCCUUAGGCCAGCUGGUCCCCGGCUACAGGCCCCCGUCUCAAGUCUACGUCGACCUCAUCCACAGCUACAACCACGCAGGCGAGCACUCUACCUGCUUCACGGAACUGCAGUGGGACUUCGUCAUCUCUUGGCCCACCAAGCUGAAGAGUCUCAUCCGACUGGUGAAACCCUGAUACCGGCAGUGCAACAAGAUGCCCAAGGGGAAAGGCUCCCGGCCCCAGCACGGGCUGGAACUCCUGACAGUGUAUGCUUGGGAGCAGGGCAGCCAGGACGCCCAAUUCAACAUGGCCCAGGGCUUCCGCACCAUCCUAGAGCUGGUCAGUCAGUACCGUCAGCUCUGUGUCUACUGGACUGUCAACUACAACAACAAGGACAAGACUGUCAGAGACUUCCUGAACUGGAAGCUUCACCAGCCCAGGCCCAUCAUCCUGGAUCCAGCUGACCCGACAGGCAACCUCGGCCACAAUGCCCGCUGGGACCUGCUGGCCAAGGAAGCCGCCGCCUACAUGUCUGUCCCGUGCUGCAUGGGCAGGGAUGGCACCCCCAUCCAGCCAUGGCCAGUGAAGGUAAGAGAACCGUGGUGCAGCAGGGCACGCUUUGUUGGGGGCAGUGGGCUCAGGGGAGGGCCAUGACUCCAGCCAAAGGGGCAGGCCCAGCCAUGGCCCCACGUGUGCCCCCUGCCCCAUGUGCUGGCUGUCCCUGUGGUCUCAGCUUCGCCAGGAAGGUUAGGGCUAACCCACUUCUUCUAUAACUUUCCCCCAGGCUGAUGUGUGAAGGCCAGAGAGUCCAUGUUUGUACCAGAUGGACAGAGGAACACCAGCCCUCGGCAUGAGGAGACUCAGGGUCACCUACCAGAUGUGUGUGUGCACGUGUGCGCAUGAGAGAUUGAUCCAACCUCUCCGUCCAGCCUCCCAUCUGAUAUCCCUGCCUCCCCACUCCACGCUCUCCUCCUGCUCUGUGUAGCCAGCCCCGCUGAUGCCCCCUUGUAUCAGGUGGGCACUGGCCACCUCGCAGACUCCCCUCCCUCCUGUGGCCAGGCAUCAGAGUCCAGGGUCCAUGGGCUGGCAGCAGCCUGCUUUUCCAGCCUCCCCGCCAUGACUCUGCUCUCAGACAGAGACUGGUGCAUCCCACACUGCAUCCUGCCCCUGCUGAGAGUGUCCUCCUCCUUCCUGACUUCUCUGCCCGUCCACACCAGCUCAUAUCUCCUGCUGAGGAGCUCCCUGAGCUCAGCCACUGGCCGGGGAGCCCGCCCAGACUGGCUAGUGUUGUCUGUCACAGACAGAGGGAGUGGGGCCCCGCGUACCCUGCAGUCCCUCCCGUGGGACGCCUGACUGAAUACCUGUUAUUUUCUUCCCCCUUCCUGUUGUACUCACUCCCCGUGUGCGCAUCUCGAGGCCAUGCCCUGUUUGCCUUCCUGACUUUUUACUGGACUCUUGUCUUCUCUCCUGACCUGCUGGGACAUCGCCAGUGGGAUUCUCCAUCCCCAGAGGCUGAACGUGAGCCAGUGCCCAAACAACAGUGCUCAGCCUGCUUCUCUCUGCCCCCCAGAGCAAAUGCACCGGGUCCUUGCAAGAGGCACUCCUGACCUCUGGGCCAACAGCAGUGUCCCUUGUAGUCAAGGCUCAGCACGGAAAACAAAACAGUCCAAGAAUCGUAAGCAGAAAGGGAUUCCAUCUAAAUCCCUGGAUGGUCUGGAGGAGCGGAAGGCAGGGGCCGCAACUGGACUGUGGGUUUGAAGAUUAGAGCACCGCGGCCGAAUCAGAUUCAUUGGCUGCAGUCGGGAGGCGACUGCAGCCGAUGGCCCUCACACCCACAAAGCGGGGGGCCAGACCCAGAAUGUGGGCUCCAGUGGCCACAGGCGAGGCUCAGGGCUUGCUAGCCACCAGCACGGCGGGAAGAUGCCUUUUGUCCCCCGCCUUCAGCACGAUCGAGAUCACAGCCGGAACUCGGGUGACAGGGCAGGCACGGGGAGGAGCAGACGCCCGGCGCCCACGGCGGGCCUCGGGGACAGCACCCCCGCGGAUGCACAGUGAACAUCUGUUGGGUGGGUGAGCAGGCGGUCGGGCCCCGAGGGAGGAGCCGGAGGAGACAGAAGGGAAGGAGCCACGAUGCAUCCCCCACCCCCUAGCCCCCGCGAGUCUCAGCGAGCCUGACUCUCCAUGGCCCAUGGCUGGGCGCUGCCGAGGUCCUGUAACACAGUAGCUCAGACCCGGGGGCUUAUCAACCACAGUGUAUUUCUGGCAGCUCCGGAGGCACCGUCGGGGUCUACUGAGAGCCCCUUCCAGGCUGCACACCUCUUGCAUCCCUCCGGCCUCUUCUUAUGAGGGCGCGAAUCCCAUUCACGAGGACACCACCCUCAAGACCUCAUCGCCUCCCAAAGACCACACCUCCUGGUACCAUCACACCAGGAAGAGGGUUUCCACAUAGGAACUGGGGGACACAGCCCAGGGCAGGGAUGCAGGAUGGGGGGGUUGAGGAGGAGCCCUCCCCUCUCUAGCGCUGUUCUCUGGGAGGGAGACCAUGCUGGAGAGCAGGUCCUCUGCUUCCCCUGGGACUACAGCGGGGGAGGCUCAGACGCCGAGCCGGCUCGCACCUCCUGUGUGCCCCCCUGUGACGCUGAGGGCACACGGUGCUAAUAAAGUCUCCUUAGACUCAACCUCCCUGACUGCCUGCGUAUCCAGGGGUGGGACUCUCAGGACCCCAAGUUACACCUUUGGGGUUGGCCAGUUCCAAGAGCUCAGGGCAGACACUUGCAGGCAGCAGAGACCUGCCCCGCCAAGCACCCAGCACCAGGUGGGGGCCUGGCCUUGGUCUUGCUCGUCCUGGGAGGAACUGGUGGUGGGUCUCACUUCAGUAACUCCUACCUUCAUGACACGGACUCUAGACCUGAAUCCCCCCUAAAAUGACUCUUGAAUGAGGGGAAUUGUGAGAUGAACUUUGUGACUAUCCCCAAAUGGGGUAGCCCCAGUAGGUAGGAGUAAGGAGGACCUGUCACCUGGGCGGGGCUGAUCCCAGCGGAGAUUUAUUUUACUCUAACUCGUUGGCCUCUGACAAUGGCUACCCUGGUUUGGACAUAGUACCCCACUGUCACUUUUGAGGGCUUCCUGAUACAGCCAAACCCUUAGAUAGACGUCAGUUCCAACUUGAUUUAUACAUUUAAUGAUCCUAAAGAUACAAAAAUGCCCACAAGCACUUUCCCCGGAACUAGACAAACUGAUACUAAAGGUCUUAUGGAAACAUACCCGUGCCAAG